AUGGACAUCAUCACGUCCUUCUGCUUUGCAGAGUCUCUUAAUUCGCUGGACUACAAAGGAUUCCGUCACCUUGUUCUAGUGGGCGUCAAAGUCGCUCUGCCAAUGUACUGGGUUUUCAAGCAUUUCCGCCCGGUCCAGUGGAUUUUUAUGCACACUCCAACGUGGCUCUCGUUAUUAACGAGCCCCGAAACCGCCGGUAUUAUGGGGGUCCAAAACUCUGUUUCAGACCAUCUUGAUAGAUUCCUUGCCAAUCCAAAAAGUCCAGCCAUUGCUGAUCAUGUCAUUUACCAUAGACUUCUUGAUCCUGAAAACAAAAGGGCCGGGGAGUCACUGCCAACUCGUCAUGGUCUUUUCGAUGAGACUAUGGCGCUGCUAAUCGCAGGUAGUGACACUGUGGGAAAUACUCUUGUAGUAGGAGGUUUCCACGUUUUGAAUAAUCCUAGUGUUUAUGAGAAGCUCUUUAAUGAGCUUAAGAAAAACUGGCCAGUGCUUGAAAAGUCACUAGGAUACGAGGAACUGGAAAAACUGCCAUAUCUGAAUGCAGUCAUAAAGGAAAGCUUGAGGGUCUCGCAUGGAGUCGUAUCCGCAUUACCCCGAGUAGUGCCUCCAUCUGGUGCCACAAUAGGAGGGGCCCAUAUUCUAGGAGGAACAGUUGUAGGUAUGAGCUCUCCAUAUGUCCAUACAAACGAAGGGAUCUUUCCAGACGCCCAUCGCUUCAUCCCCGAAAGGUGGCUGCAACCAAACUCCAAACAUCUCGAGCAUUGGCUUGUGCCAUUCUCCCGGGGCCCACGAAUGUGUCUUGGUGUCAAGUGA